AUGCAUGCUCUUCAAAUGGAAAGCUGUGAAGAGGAGGAAGAUGGAGAACGACAUGAAUACCUUGUUCCGCAUUCAAAAGUAUGUUCAGCAAGAAGUUGGCCAAUCUAUCAGUGUAAAACAAUAUUAUUUUAAGUCUGAUUAUAGUGUUUCCUUAUUAAAGGUGUCAUUUAUGAAAGCACGAAUUUUCUUGAUGUGGACUUUAGUUUUAUAAAGGUUUUAAGGCUGUAUUUUAUAAUAUACGGCAAGAUUCAGAUAUUGUUCAUGAUAAUAUGAGUGUUUUUAGGUGUUUUCCGUGAAAAUAUUGCUGUUUUUGAUACUUUACUUUAAAUAUUUAUAAUUGUAAGAUCCUUUGUAGACUUAACUCGAUAACUACCACUAUUUUCAGGACUUUGGCUUCAAUUUAUGGACGAUCAAAGACUUUCCAUCAGAUCCAUGUCAAGACGAAUGGUUGGUAUUGUCCAGUGAUCAGUUCGGCCCAAAUAAUAGUGAAUCCACUGGCUUUAUGGUGAAGAUCUGGCCAGAUGGUGUUGAUGAAGACUCCCAGGAACACGUAUCCGUCGCUGUUUGUUCUUCAGAACAAUAUGGAGAAAUUUUGGAUAAAAGUGGCAAUAUUAACAAAUCACACGAUUUUAAUCACUUUUUGAGCUGGAAGCUGGAAUUUAUGUGUGACGAAGAGGUUAUUGUCAGAGCUAAACGUCAUAAACUUAAUUGUGAGUUAAUUUAGGGGUUUUAUUGAGUUUACAACAAAGUUUUAGGCGAAUAUAACAAGUUUUGUUAAAAUUUUGCUUUAGUAACAAAUUUUUGGUUUUUAUUGGAGUUUUGAUUUUUAGGUAACAAUUGACAGUUUGUUUAAAUUUAUUUUAGGUACCAAACUCGCCCAAGGAAUCUGUGGCGUCAAAAAGCUGAUUCGACGCGACGUCCUUCUUGAAGCCCUGAAUAAUCGACCAUUAAAAGUCGUAUGUUAUGUUAGACGAUACACUCAAGAGUCAAUCUUCGUUCCCAGAAAGUAUACACCCCAAAAAACUAAAAAUGAAGAAACUUUUUAUGAAUUUUGUGAAAAGGCCAGAGAUUACAAACAGAAAGACGAGGAACGGAGAGAAGAAGGGCAUGGACACUUUGAUGAAGAUGAACUUGUUCAAGAUAUCAAGGAGAUUUCUUUUGCUUCUGAUGAUGAAGAAGAAGGUGACGAGAAAGAAGAAGAGGAUGGCAAAGAUGAUAAAGAAGAAGGUGAGGAGGAAGAAGAAUGUAAAGACGAUGAUGAAGAUCCUGAAAAGGCAAGACAUGAUAGUGGACACGAUUCGGAACCUCAGGAGGAACAUAAGUGAGCUUUUUUAAGUUUUUUGCGAUUUUUGAAAAUAUGGUUAGGUCUGGCCUUUCAAAAGUCUAAAUAUAACAAACUUUGGGUAUGAUAACAUAGAAUUUAGGCAGCAAUGUCCACCAAAAGAAGAAUUCAAACCAAAAACAUAUCCAGAGACGAAAUACAGAAAGAAGGCUGCUCAUCACAACUUGGCGUUUGUUUUUCGAAAUGAAAUUGUUGAAGUAAGUUUUUUUAAAAAUUUUAUUAAAAUUAGAUUUUUUUUAGUUUCUGUGUACUUUUUGACCGCAAACAUUUGAUCGUCAAAAAUUUUUUGACAUGAUUUUUUAUGACUUUUCAGGCCGACCAAGUCAUUGUGUGCAGAUUCAGCAACUAUGUGAGAAGAAUGUGCGAGAAGCCAGAGGAAAUUCAAGAAGGUAUGGUUGUGAUUGACAUGCGUCAAUACAAAGUAGAUGUUUUUGUGCCUGUUAAGAGGUUUAUGUACGAAUUGAAAUGGCCUUCAGAUGAAAUGAUUCAGCCUUGUUUGUUGAACUUGGUCACGCAUUUGGAAAUUGACGUCAUGAAGGUGGGUUUAGUUUCAUUGUAAGCCUAAUGUGUUUUGAGAGCUGUCUCUGUCAUAUCUUAGCCUUACCCUACCCUUGGUUUAGCCUUUGACUUUUAAGCCUAAAGUAGCCUUCUUUUUGCCUAGCUGCUUUGCUCUAUUCGUAAUCCGCCUUUUCGAUAAUCUAAACCAAGCAAUACCAAAGCUCUUCAGCCUUACUAUAGCUGGUUACCUCAGUCGCAUCGUAAAUUGCCAAAGUUUACCAUUGUUAUUUCUAGGACUACAUUGACCAUUACAUGACAAUGAACCUCCAAGCCGGCUACAGUCCUUCCAUGCUUCGAGUAGCCGAAGAAUACGACCUGAAAGCGCUGAAAACGGCAUCAUCAUUGAAUAUCAGCGUCUUCUAUAACAUCUUUUCUGAAGGAUCAGCAUUUAAAGCAUUUAUGAAGAAGUACUUUGACAUGGCUGAGGAAGGUCUGCGCAAAUUCUUUCAGAAUUUUAAGUUUUGGUAA